AUGAUGGCGCCAGAUACUCAGAAUUAUGGCUUUCUGUGUGCUCCGAGCAAGGAGGAACAGCAACCGGAACCAGUCUAUCGGACACCAUCCCAUUACAAGCCUCGCCUGACAUACCAUCUACCCGCUGGCUCAGCACGACACUAUCAGCAGCAAUAUGGAGAUAUGUACUAUUUGCGGCUGGCGAAGCUGAAGCCCAGUGUAGAACAAGUGGCCCAAGAUGCGUGGGAGGGAUUAGUGAUUGCCAACGAGAAGGUCCGACGUGUGGAUCGAGUCCUCGAUGUCCGUCAGGGGGAGCUGUGCUGGGUGGCCGGCACCGUCUACAUGGAGCUACCAAUGAAGCCGAACAUUUUGGAGGAUCUUACCAAAGAGAACUUCACGUCAGCGCCCCUUCCUCGCCGCACUUAUACCGACCCCUCCAACCCCUCCGCAACCCAGAUAAUGAUGGAAGAUGAGUCUGGUCGCUUACGACUGACUGGUAAUUUCUUGCGAUCUACCCAGCUGGCCACGGGCGCCAUUAUCGCCGCACUUGGGACAGAGGACGCAAAUGGAGAUUUCGAAGUGAUUGAUAUCAAACUGCCGGACUUGGCCCCUCAGCCACAGCGCUGGGAAGGCAACGCACCCGAGAACGGAUCAGAUGUCACCAGCAAGGACCAUGGCAAGAUUGCAUUCGUCAGUGGCCUCGGUAUCACUGGAACUUCAAGCGACACACUUGCCUUGGAACUAUUGACAGACUAUCUCCUUGGAUACACGGGUGUUUCAAGCGACGGCGAAAACAGCUCUUCAACCACACCCUCCAAGAUCACCCGUUUGAUCAUCGCAGGUAACUCAUUGGGCGCUAGUAUUACUGCCGAUAUAGCAACAGUGACGGCCGCCAAGGCUCAGCCCAAAAAGUACGGUUAUGAUGCUUCUGCAUACAAUGCGUCGCCCAUCACACAGCUUGAUAACUUCCUGGCGGAGAUCUUACCAAGCAUCCCUGUAACCCUGAUGCCGGGCGAGAAAGACCCUGCAAACUUCUCUCUGCCCCAGCAGGGAAUUCACCGCGCCAUGUUCCCCCAGUCAAGAGCAUACUCAGCUCCUCCGUCCAAACCCACCGAAAAGCCCGAGGCAGGUUGGUUCGACAGCGUGACGAAUCCUUGGGAUGGUGAUGUUGAGGGAUGGAGAUUAUGGGGAUGCAGCGGCCAGAAUGUUGACGACAUCCUGCGAUACAUCACUAUCACAGACAGCGAGAGCAGUCCCGAUGGUCUGGGUUCCGAUGCCCGCAUUCGAGUGAUGGAGGCGAUGCUCCGCUGGCGCUGCGGUGUUCCCACCGCACCAGAUACCAUCUGGUCUUAUCCAUACCAAUCCGAUGAUCCAUACAUCCUCGAGACUUGUCCGCAUAUUUUCUUCGCUGGUAACCAGCCGGAGUUUAAGACAGCAAUGAUCGAAGGUGACGUUCCUUUGCGCCUAGACGGUGAUACUGAAAUGACCGACGCUGCCGAUGGGUCCGAUGCUCCCCGUGUCCGAGUAUUGGCGAUCCCGAAGUUUAAGGAGACAGGACAGUUGGUUUUGGUUGACACUGAAACAUUGGAGGCUGAAGUAAUUCGGUUUGAAGUGUUCAAGGGACAAGAAGAACAAAAAUAG